AUGAAUCCCAACGAGAGCUUGAUAGCCGACCCAGCUGGAAUGAAAGCAAACAAGACUAUAUCUGGUAGCGAGAGCCCGAAUGAAAACUACGUUUCAGCUGUAGGCUCCUUUGAUGUAUUGCUUGGACGAGGGACUGGUCCCAGCACGAAUCAAGGAAAUGUCUACUUUCGAGAGACAGUUGAAGACUUGAAAGCUUCUUACAUUAAGACACCAAGCAGAAAAGAAAAGAAGCAGAUUGUACAUAAGAUUGUUCGAGACAUCAAGACCAAGAAAGGCCGUUUCUUGAACAAGGUUUGCAAGAGCAAGAUUCGGACUCUAGGGUUGAAUCAAGAUGCCCUUUACGAGGUUGUACCAGAUUCGGUCGCGCUUGAAAAGACCAAGCAAGCCAUUCGUUAUGUCCACUACAAAAAGGAACCUUCUUCUCGUGCCAAGAGAAGCAGCAGUGUUGAAAAGGAGAGAUGCUUCUCUUGCGGAGAUUCGCAAGCUUCUUCUUCCUCCACCACUGAUAUGGAUGAUCAAGCUCGAGCCCAUGGCCCUGCUCACGAGCCAAGUACUCAGCUCAAGAGCGAGUAUUCAACAUACACCAAUAAUGCUGCCGCUCCAUUGAUCCCGUGCACUCCACUCAUUGGGAUUCACCCAACCAUCUUGGCACUCUUUCAAGCGAGCAAUCCCGUUGCUUUUUCUAAUCUAGCCUUGCUGAGUGCGCUUUCAAACGGCGGGUUGAACCUUCACCCAACUGUUGCCUCACUAUUUUUGGCACAAACUGCGAACCAAGCCAGUCUAUCAUUUGCACGAGAAAUGGAAGCGGCCGCUAACCUUCGCAACCUUCCAAAGACUUUGUCUGGUCCACCAAUGGUGGCUCCCAACCCCUCCACUGCACCGUCCAAGAAGGUAUCCCCGUCCGCCUAA